AGCACUUGUUGAAGGGGUUUAUCCGCUAAAACUCCCUACGCUCCCCAACUGUCAAAACCCCCUCCCUCUCUCUCUUUUGCUCUCUCGCUCUUCAUCAAUGGCGACCAUACCCAAUCCAGCCCUCCACAAACUCACCCACGCGCCCGAGCCAAUUCGUCCCAAGUCGUAUUCCACUCGCUCCAAAACGCUAAUCCUCUGCAAAAAGCCCAAGAACGAUUCCGCAUUCAAAGAGAAGAAACAAGUAUUGGUGGACUAUGACAAGGGCAAGCACGAGGUCUCCACUCGGGUUUCUGGCCUCCGGAAGGCAGAUAUACCGAGGCGCUACCGGCUCCGAGUCCAGGGCGACCGGUCCCAGAAGGACUGGACGGUCUCGGAGGUGGUCGACAAAAUCUUGAAGCUCGACCACCGGGACGAUAUCGACGGUUUGUUGAACCGGUGGGUCGGCCGGUUCGCCAGGAAGAAUUUCUCAGUUCUAAUAAGGGAGAUAACACAAACGGGUUCCAUUCAGCAAAGCAUUCAAGUUUUCCGGUGGAUGAAAAAUCAAAAGAAUUACUGUGCUCAGAAUGAUAUUUACAAUAUGAUAAUCAGGUUACAUGCUAGGCAUAAUUGGACAGAUCAGGCUCGUGGUUUGUUUUUUGAGAUGCAAGAGUGGAGGUGCAAGGCUGAUGCUGAGACGUACAAUGCUCUUAUCAAUGCACAUGGACGAGCAGGUCAAUGGCGUUGGGCGAUGAAUAUCAUGGAAGACAUGCUCCGUGCUGCUAUCCCCCCUAGUCGGUCAACAUAUAACAACUUGAUCAAUGCUUGUGGAUCUAGUGGAAAUUGGAGAGAAGCUUUGAAAGUUUGCAAGAAAAUGACCGAUAAUGGAGUUGGGCCUGAUCUUGUGACUCACAAUAUAGUUUUAUCUGCAUACAAAAAUGGGGCUCAAUAUUCAAAAGCUUUGUCUUAUUUUGAGCUAAUGAAGGGGACACACAUCCGUCCUGACACAACUACCCUUAAUAUUGUGAUACAUUGCCUAGUAAAGCUUGGACAAUAUGCAAAAGCCAUUGAUAUUUUUAAUUCCAUGAGGGAGAAGAGAGCUGAAUGUCACCCUGACAUUGUGACAUUCACUAGCAUCAUUCAUUUAUAUUCUGUAUGUGGGAAAAUUGAAAAUUGUAAGGCUGUGUUCAAUACAAUGCUUGGAGAAGGCCUAAAGCCUAACAUUGUUUCUUAUAAUACACUAAUAGCUGCAUAUGCUUCACAUAGGAUGGAUAAAGAGGCAUUAUCAGUUUUUAAUGAGAUAAAGCAAAGUGGUUUCAGCCCAGAUAUUGUAUCGUAUACAUCGUUACUUAAUGCUUAUGGAAGAUCACAGAAACCUAAAAAGGCCAGGGAAGUAUUUGACAUGAUUAAAAGAGAAAACCUGAAGCCAAAUCUUGUCAGCUACAAUGCACUGAUUGACGCCUAUGGAUCUAAUGGUUUGUUAGCUGAAGCUGUUGAAGCCUUGCGUGAGAUGGAGCAAGAUGGGAUCCAGCCAAACAUUGUCUCUAUAUGCACACUGUUGGCUGCCUGUGGACGAUGUGGUCAAAAGGUGAAGAUUGAUGCUGUGCUUUCAGCAUCUGAGCAAAGAGGCAUCGAGUUGAACACGGUUGCAUAUAACUCAGCUAUUGGAAGCUAUAUGAAUGUGGGGGAAUAUGAGAAAGCUAUAAAUUUAUAUAGAUUGAUGAGGAAAAAGAAAGUCAUGCCAGAUUGUGUUACUUACACUGUGUUAAUAAGUGGUUGUUGUAAGAUGUCAAACUAUACUGAGGCACUUAAUUUUCUUGAUGAAAUGAUGUACUUAAAAAUUCCUGUGUCUCAAGAGGUCUACGCAUCUGUGAUAUGUGCCUACAGCAAACAGGGCCAACUCGGAGAAGCAGAGUCUUUGUUCAACUUGAUGAAGAUGGCUGGUUAUUGUCCUGAUGUGGUUACAUAUACUGCAAUGCUACAUGCAUACAAUGCUGCAGAGAAUUGGGAAAAAGCUUGUGCACUAUUUCAAGAAAUGGAAACAAAUAAUUUCAUACCUGAUACUAUAGCUUGUUCAGCCUUGAUGAGAGCUUUUAAUAAAGGAGGCCAACCAUCCAAAGUUCUUGUUUUGGCAGAAAUUAUGAGGGAAAAAGAAAUCCCAUUUGGUGAUGCCAUUUUCUUUGAAAUGGUUUCAGCCUGUAGCUUAUUACGAGAUUGGAGGACAGCAGUGGAACUGAUUAAGUUCAUGGAGCCCUCGUUUGCUGUAGUCUCAGCUGGAGUUAUGAAUCAUCUUCUUCAUUUUCUCGGAAAAAGUGGGAAGACUGAGACUAUGAUGAAGUUGUUCUACAAGAUAGUGGCUGCUGGUACUGAUGUCAAUUUCAAUACUUAUUCUAUUUUGUUGAAGAACCUUUUGUCUGCCGGAAAUUGGAGAAAAUAUAUUGAGGUAUUGCAAUGGAUGGAGGGUGCAGGAAUUCAACCUUCAAAUGGAAUGUAUCGUGAUAUUUCCUACUUUGCUCAAAGAAGUGUCGGGGCUGAAUAUGCUGCUACCAUUCAAGAAAAACUUGAAUCCUUGAAAGGAAAAAUUCCAGAUCAAAUUUUGGUGAGCAAUAAUGAUGCUCUUCAUCCCACCUUACAAUUGAUAAGUGGAGCAGAAGUAUAAAGCCACAACCUGCAAGAGUCGCCGAUUCGAGUUAGUUAUCCAGUUCCUGCAGGAUAUGCACAUUUGACAUUUUCCACAUUAAGAACAUCCAGGCAAAGGCUUGUUUGCUUUGGGGCACCUAUCAAGCAGGAUUCCCUGUGUUGUGAACGUUAAGAAAACCAUCUGGUUUGGGCUAUUUCGAGCCAUAUGCCGGAGAUUGGAGUGAGUUCAGGCAGCUGCUUGACCAAUCUUGCUGUUAACAUUAUUAUUAAAGAAGCAAACUCUCCUUGGAAGGCUUCAAGGAGUCCGAAAUUUUAAAGCAUAUCUUCUCUUUUGUAAAUCAAUACAUGCGAGGAAUUUGAUUGUGUAGCUAGUUUCUUUUUCACUGAUUUGUGUAAAGAGACGAAAAUAUGUGAUUGUCUUGCCCUCUGAACAUUCAGCUGAGGCCAAGCAUCACCUUGAGAAAAA